GUACUUGAAGCCUCCACACUCUCCCUCCAGAGAAAAGAAACCAUCUAUCUAAAUUAGCUGUGCUCUCUCGUCCCUCGUUUCUCCCUCCGCCAGCCGCCACCCCCACCCCUUCCAUUGUGUAGUGCGUUUAGCUUCUCUUCCUGCGUGAGACCUUAACCUCCUUUGUAGCGGGACGGAUUACUAAGAAUUUCGGAACCUUGAGUUGCAAUGGAGCUGUAUGGAAAGAUGGCCUCUGCCCAAGAUGCCAGGUACGGCCAGAAAGACUCCUCUGAUCAGAACUUUGACUACAUGUUCAAAUUGCUCAUCAUUGGCAAUAGCAGUGUGGGGAAAACAUCUUUUCUGUUCCGUUACGCGGAUGACUCCUUUACAUCUGCAUUCGUCAGCACAGUUGGGAUUGAUUUCAAAGUCAAAACUGUAUUCAAAAAUGAAAAGAGAAUCAAGCUUCAGAUUUGGGACACAGCAGGCCAGGAAAGAUACAGGACUAUCACCACAGCCUAUUAUCGUGGAGCCAUGGGCUUUAUUUUAAUGUAUGACAUCACAAAUGAAGAAUCCUUCAAUGCAGUACAGGAUUGGUCAACUCAAAUCAAAACAUACUCAUGGGAUAAUGCCCAGGUUAUCCUGGUUGGGAACAAAUGUGACAUGGAAGAUGAGCGAGUCAUCUCAACUGAGAGGGGCCAACAUUUAGGAGAACAGCUUGGUUUUGAGUUUUUUGAAACAAGUGCCAAGGAUAAUGUUAAUGUGAAGCAGACAUUUGAGCGUCUCGUGGAUAUCAUCUGCGACAAAAUGUCCGAGAGUUUGGAGACAGAUCCAGCCAUCACUGCUGCAAAGCAGAACACGAGGCUCAGGGAAACCCCUCCCCCACCGCAGCCCAACUGUGGCUGUUAGUGUCCCGGUACAGGCAGCUCCAGAGGGGUUGGUUGCUAAAAAUAGCAUUUAUAAAUGGUCAAUUAGCCUUCAUUUAUACUGCCUAAUAAUUAUUUGAGGGAAAUCUUUGAUGUCUGUGGCUCAAACAUGCAUUCAAUUCCGGGGAGAUUUCCGGUGUUAAUAAGUGACAAAUAUGUGAUCUUAACUUUGUAAGGACUAUCCAUCUAUAAACAUCAGAUGUUUGCAUGUGAUUUGUUAUUUGUCUUCUAGGCUCUUUUUGUUUCAGGUUUCUUAGAUUAAGCUACUGCUGGGACCUCUGAUUAUAAUUUCAGUACAACUGAGUUUUGGGCUACGGGUUCAAAUUAUGCUAUUCACUUGUAGGGAUGAUAACCAAGAAAUUGGUUGUGUGUGUGGUGUGAGCAGGGCGAGAUCUCAGGAGGCCUUAUUUGCUUUACUCUCAAUCGAAAAUCAAGUGGAAAUGUUACUCAUGAUUAGGGAGACUGUCAUGGGUGUGGUUGGUUUACUGUUCAGGAAAGGUAUCUAUUUUUCAGUGUUAUUAUAACUGAGAAGACCAUUGACUAUAAAGAACUUGAAUAAUUGUUUAAGGCCCUUGCAAAUUUACCAAGAGAUUAAUAUUUACCUGACUGGAAGUAGAUUUUAACAGUAGUCUUAGUUUAGAUGUUUAAAUAAGGAAUACCUAACCCAAGACUGCACCACCCAACAUUCUGAAUAUUUGAGGGCACUGACAGACAGAGGUAUCUGCUGAAUGUGUUAUGUAACAAGCGUCUUAACCAAGAAGGAUAUGAGUAGCAGUGGGAUUCCAAGGCCUGAGCUCCCCCCCAUGACAUAUACCACCGCGACUUUCUGGAACAAUUACCAACUCUUGGAACAGAGGUCAAGUUGAAGCUUGUUAGAGCACCUCUUCCCAUAGGAUGUAGGCUUGCUUCCCCAAACAUUGCCUUCUGCUCGCACCUCCCUAGGUUCUUUUACCUGGCUAGAAAUCAGUUAAACAGUAUCUCCAUGGCUCUCAGAUUGAGGAAAAGACAAUUAUCAUCGCUAAUCCUUUUCAAUCCAAGUAUUUAUACCUUUAAGGCGUAUCCCCAUUCUGUAAGCCUUUAAACAUGCUUAAGUUACUCAGAGACCUCUCUUUGGAGCUGAGAGUUACAGAAAAAUCUUAGGGUGCCAUAAGCAAUUUGAGAGGAGAAAGGAAACCAUUUGAACACCCAGAUUCUUUCUCCUAGAGAUUCCUUCGCCUGGAUUUCCUGAAGACCAUAUAUGAUUAACAAGCAAACCAAUCCCACCAGCGAUUCUAAGUGAGGACUGAAAAGAGACACAGCAUCUGUAUCACCACCCAGCAUUGUUUACGGCUAGGACUUUAAGGCAGCAGGCACACAUUGGCAUAUUUGGAAGGGCAGUUCCAUUAAGUGAACUUUCCCCUUUUUUGGUGAUCAUGUAAAAGAUUUUUUUCUCUUUUCAAAAACAGAGACACUUCCCAUGAAAGUAUUGAGCGCAAGAUUCUUGAGCAAGGAUAUUGAUAGGGAAAGAUGCAUAUCUAAAGAGAUCUCUGGAGGAUAAAUGCCUGCAAGUCAGGGAACUAGGUCACAUAUAUUACUAGUAAGUUAGAAGAUGAAAAUUACAGGAGAAAGCAUUUGGGAUGUCUUAAGCAUAUCCACAUUCUUAUUAUUGCUCAUCUUAGCCUAAGAUCCACUAAUUGGCAAUAAAUCUUCACUUUGGCACUCUGCAAGGUAGACCUUAGCCUAGUGAAGACAAGAAGACAUUAAUGCUUUAUUAGAUUUUAAUGGGGCAACUAGCUUCAAAAAUCACAGAAAUUAAAGUGAAGGGAAGAAAGAGAAGGCAGGGGCCAUCAAAGCAGAUUUGUUUGCAACAGAAACCUGUUUGCAUGAUACUGUAAUAUUUCUUUAACAUGGUCUAGAAAAUGGCCAUGUUAAAUGAUAUAGCUGUUAAGCUGACUUUUACAAUCUAAUAUGAAGCAAUAGAACUAGGAAGACCUUCGCAUCCUCUCUCAGACCUGAUCUCACAUACAUACGUACAGAUGUCAAGGACCUCAAUAUGAUGUCUCAGAUGGCUUUUUCAGAAGAACAUUGAUAUGCAUAUUAUCGUAAAAUGGAAAGCAAAAUCAGAGAGGGUAGAAAAUGGGAAAGAAAGUUGAGUUUUGCCCUCUUGUAAACUCCUUCCCUGAAGAGCUAAUUGCCAUUGAAAUUAAACGGCUCUAGAACCAGAAGACCUAAGCCAAGUACCCACUUCCACAGUGUCAAACAUACCAGACUUGAGCUACUGUGUGCCAGUCGGGAGCAGAAUGCAAGAAUGGCCCAGGUGUCAGUGCCAAGGGACAUCCAAUAAUUUCUAUUUUUCAAGCCUCAAUGGAAGUAGAGGCUUACUAAUUGAUUCUCAGUUCUGAAGCCCCUACCCCAGUGUGAUUUUCUAAGUGAGACGCUUCCAAAAAGGAUCGUCACAGAGCUCAAUGAAUUGAGCACCUAUGCUCCUGCGGUAAAGCACAUGAAAAGAGAGAAAAAUUCUCGACUCCUAAUCUCAUCAAGAGAUCCUGGUUUUAAAAUCAAGUUUGGCAAAAGAAGAACCAGCCUAGGAUUCACUAAGUAAACUUCUAUUGGCAUCAAGCUAUAUUAUUUAUAAUGCUGUGGUUCCAAGGUUUUUCACCCUUUAGGCCAUCAUGCACACAAAUGUGUAUACACACACACGCAUACAAUAUCUCCCAUAUUCUGUCUGCCAACAGCUUAAAUAACCACAGAUCAUUUUUACUAAUGGCCUAACUAAAUUUGUAUUCAAAAGAACAGAGACAUCUUACAAAGUGUAUGUUUGUGUUAGUGUGUAAAUUGUAGACAGCCAUGUUUUGUCUUUGAUGCAACUCAAUUAGUGUUUCAAGAACAAAUUUCUCUUCCUCUGUCACCCCUCUCCUCAUCACCCCAUCCCUCCGAUUACUUUUAUAAUCAAACCUUGAUUGUUUUGAGCAGAUACUUCCAAGAGCUUUGGUUUGGGGACAUUCCUUUCUGUUCUAAAUGUAAAUGAAAAAUUGGACUGGAAAUUAUUUCCUCUAAACAGCCAUUUAGGACUUCCCUGGUGGCGCAGUGGUUGAGAGUCCGCCUGCCGAUGCAGGGGACACGGGUUCGUGCCCCGGUCCGGGAAGAUCCCACAUGCUGCGGGGCGGCUGGGCCCGUGAGCCCUGGCCGAUGAGCCUGAGCGUCCGGAGCCUGUGCUCCGCAAUGGGAGAGGCACAACAGUGAGAGGCCCGCGUACCGCAAAACAAACAAACAAACAAAAACAGCCAUUUAGUGGACCCGCAUUUCAGCUUUUGGGGUUGUGAGUGGAUGUAGAAGGUGCAUGAAGUUUCUUAAGUCCUAAGAUGGCAGUUUACAAGUUAGCAUUAUAUCUAUGGGCUUAUAAGAAGAAUUAAGACAGUGAAUUAGUUCAUUGCCACUGCUGAGCAACCUCUACUGCCUUGAUAAACUUCUAACCACCUCUUUAGUUUAACUUAAAAUCAUUAUCCCUUUGCCCGCCUAGUAAAUAAAUGCUAAGAUUUUUAUUUGGAAUGGGAACUAUGAUGAUGUCUUUGGUUGCUGCAGAAAGCCUCAGCGUUAUGUUAAAUAUGAACUAUGCAUUCCACUACAACCGCAAUUAUACAAGACAUCUACAUACUCAACAAACAAAUAUGUAUUUCACCUACUUAACUCUUAUCCAGAUUAAUAAUAGCUCUUUGGUUCAGCACAUUGGUUAUCUUUCAGGAACUAAUUUAACCUUCCCAUUUUAACUACAUCUAUACUGAGGAUAGACUUUCAGGGAUGCAAUGUUCUUGCUUUAAAGUAAAAUACAGUCUACUGUUAACUGAACUUCCAUGAAGCAACAUUAAUUUUGGAGCGUGGUAGUCAGUAAUCAGUGGCUCAUUUUGAUGUACUUUAUCCAAUGUGUCUCUUAGUGCUCAGUGAGGAUAUACUGUGCCAUCCUUCAGUCAACUGUGUGGCAUCUGUGAGACUAUGUUAAAAAUGUAUCCAGACUCUCCCAAGCUAUCCCAAGGCUGAGGUAGCAGCUGCAUGUGAAAUACUAAGAUAAAUCUUAAAGUCAUGAUUAAAACCCUUCUAGGUCAAAAAGUGUUUAAUAAUUUCCACCUACUAUUGGAAUGCUCCAUCAGGAAUUUUUGGCGUGGCAUACUUGGGAGGUAGCCUUUCUGUCUGAAGAAUGCUCUCUCUCUCUCUAAAUUAUAGUUUGCAUGACUGGUAACUAGAACUCUUUGUUCCUUUGUGUGUGUACUCACUCAGUGUGCCAUGUCAGGCUGCCAUGUGAGCAACUAGACCCAUGUGGCCUUUCUAAUCACCCCCUAGAAGAUGCAGCCACUCCAGAUCUGCUUGGCUUUGCCCUUUUGUGUAUAAUACCUGUGUUUUAGGGGUCUACCAGUAAAAUGGUGAAUUCUUUCUGAUCAGCUGAACAAUCAGGGUCAGCUUUUUAGAUUCCUUUAUAUUUCAGAUAACUUUUUGAUCAAAGCCAGUUAAAGACAAAAACCUGUUUUAUAUUCUGAAACAAAUUAGGAAAAUUGAGUAAAAGAUGACGUUUAUAACCAGGAAAAAAGGCAUCUUGAUUAUCUCUACAGUGAACCUAAAGGGUUCCAGGUUCUAAAAAUACAAUAUCCUCUAAGGGGACAAAAACAGGUCUAAAGAAUUUGUUUAAAAUAUAUCCACCUAUUGUUGUUUCAUAAAUAAAUGUUUUUUUCUUAAAAACCUUUACAGGAAUGCUUGACACUCUAGUCAAAUACUUCACUUAAGUAGAUUAAAAUAUUUACACUUGGGCCACACAGAGAGUGUUGCCCCUCCCAGCACAUACACACUCAAACACAGAUACCUUUUCUAUGAAGGAAAAUUUCCAUAUAUGGUGCUUUCUCAGUGCUAGGGAAAAGGGAGAUUUUACUAUGCUCCAACAACUGUAACUGGCAUUUCCCUUAAAAAGGUCUACAAAAUAGAUUCUUCACACUGAUUUGAUUUGCCUCUGUGCAGAGAAUUCAUUCCCAUUAAAAGGGGAGGAUAGAGAGAAUAUAUUUUGCAAACCUUCUAGAGAAAAGAAAUUAUUUCAAAGCCUCUGUCAGAGUUCGGGUAUUAAGAUCAGACCAUGUAGCUAGUGGACAAAUUGAGCUUUCUAUUUACAAUUCUCUUUUCUACUUCCUGAUUUUUUUUUAUCAUCUCAGUUUUUUAAAGCACUCUCCUCACAGAGUGACAGGACCAAGAAUAGGAAAUGAGACUCAAGUUUCACCAUUUACCUCCCAUCAGUACAGUUAGUGGUAGAGUUUCAACCGGUCAUUACUUGCUGAAAUGAGGUUGGGGGGGGGGGUACCUGUGUAUUUCAUUCACCUGUGUUCAUACUUUCCUUCAUUGUGGACAACUGAGAGUUGGCUGUGGCUUUAUUUCUUGAUGGAAAUGUUUCCAUGGUCAUAUUAUUUGGCACUAGAGGUUGCUUAGGUUCAUGAAUGCCAUUCUUAAAGAUGCAGAUGGUACAUGAGCCACAGACACCUGGCCUUUCAGGGAUGUGAGCAUAAAUUACAUCUGUCUAGUGGUUCCAUACGCCUCAUAAAAGUGAAAUCUGGGGAUUGUACGCUGUUUCAGUAUGACGGUUUUCCAUGCAUUGUCUCAUCAUCCCUAGGAUAUGUGCUGAAUGAAAAUUUCCUGUAAUUCCUGUUAAUAUAUUGUUAAUGUCAGACGUGAUGUGAUACCGUUGAACUGUCCAAAUGUACAACUACUUAAUGGUGUUUGUGGAACUGAAAUGUCUUAAAUGUUGCAUGAAAUAUGUUAUAAAAAUAGAUUUGUUUUCUAUUUUUCAACACCUCAGAAUUGAGGGUUCAUGGGCCAAUAAGUGCAAUAUUUAAUGACUUACUCAGUGUAUAUAAACUAGUGUGAAAGAGUGAAUAAUAAUGAAUGUGUGAGAUGCUUUGAUGGCUGUUUGACUUACUCAGAUUAUUUCGUGUAGCUGUAUUUGUCUAGUGGUACAAUUUAUACAGUAAAUACCUUAUUGGUGUCAUGUGAAACUCCUCUGUGCCUACUUCAAGGUAUGUUUUUUUUUCCCCUAUAAGACCAAACAUUUAGGAUCUGGGAAUAUAUGUCAAUUUUGCCUUUUAGAAUUGUGGAUUUUAUUUUCAAGACAGAAUGGCUGUUAGUUUAUUUUAUAUAGGCAUUCCCUUCUUUAAUUCAGAAUCUUCCUUAAGCCUUUUAUAAGAGGUUAAUUUAGAAACCUAAGAAAAAAUAUGCACAUAAGGAAAAGUCAUUUUUAUUUUUCUCUGAAAUGUUGAUCACAUGUUCUGUCUCCUAAGAAUUUUCACUCAUAUUUUUGUGUAUAUUUUAUUGUCACUCAACCUUGUGUUUGGUUUGCAAAUUUAACACUGUCAAUCCUGAGAAUCCUAAAAUAUUGAUGUCUUUUUAGGUUGUUGCUAAUAUUAUAUUCACUUUCAAUUCUCAAUUGUCCACACUGAUAAUAUAGGAGAAACAAGUCAGAAUCCUUAAAUCACUUUGGUAUGUCAUCAUAAACUCAUAUAUUCGUCCUCAGACUCCCUUGGUUAAUCUCAUAAUUGGUGGCAUAGAACUUCAAUGAGAUACAAAAUCAAGAAAUUAGGCCUGGUUGCUGGAUUACCAAAAACUAUGUAUUUAUGUAUAUGAAGUUUCAAGUAGGACAACUACCUUAAACUCCCAUUUUAAUUUUUAAGGCAAAACACUCAUUGUAAUACUGUGUUUUGCCUUUUCAUUUAGUUAGAGUAAAUCAUAAUACCCUUGGGAAAAACGUUGAGUUUUUCACUAAAAAUGAUGAAAAACAGUUGGUUUUAGAUGACCAUGGCCCUCUGUACAUCACAGGAAGCCUUCAGUUCUCUCUAUGGCAAUUGCCUGAAAUUGACAUGUGAGAAUGUGCCAAUCAUAUUAAAUGGCUUUGGACCACUACCAGCGAUAUGUGGCCCUAUUUUACAUGUGAUAGCCUGCUCUCGGACCCACAGAAGUCAAGUAGAGGUGGGUGAAACAGGGAGGUUAGAGACUACUUCGUGCCAAAUUUUAAAAAAAGAAAAAUAUAAGCAGGUAGCCCACAUUAGAAUGAUAAUUUAAGGGUGUGUUUAAAUAUUUAGUCAUCAAUAGUUACUGAAUACCAUGUACUCAGUGCUGUGGGAAUCAAACAUGGAAGAGGUAUGGCUCUGGCCUCUAAUAAGCUUACUGACUGAAGAACAAGGAAAGAAAUACCAGGAUAUGAUCUAAAUGCUAUGUUAUGUCAGGCUAUAGGAGCACAGAGAAUGUGAAACCUACAAAAACAGGAAAAGUCAAGAAUGGCUCCAUUGAAGAGGUGAGACAUGAUCCCAGAAAGAAUUAGAUAGAGGAGAUUGUGCCAGGCAAAUAAAUGGGAAAGGUCACAGUUUGUUCCCUUGAAUGGAAGGGGGACAGAGCUGGCAGCUAGAGAUCAUUGUUUUCCUCCAGAGAACAAGACUGGCCCUCGGAAACCCAACAAAUUACCCCAGUUUGGUUCUCUCUGUUUUUAUCCCCAUGAGGAAAGCAAGCUGCAGUAUCAUCAUAUUCCUCUGUGCUGAACAGCCCCAGACUCGGGCCCAAAACACAAAUUAAUCUGAAGCUCAUAAGAACAGUAGAUUUAGACAUUUUGCCCAUGCACCAAACCACAAGGCAUUGUCAAAUCCAGUGUCAACCAGGCAGAUGUGAGCCCAGAGAUUUUUCUGUGGUUCUGUGUUUCCCAUAAAGGGUGUGGGGAAGUGCAUAGAUGAAUACCUUCCUUUGUAACCAGGCACUUUCGGCUCCUUCUUAGUGACUGCACUGUGGAGCUCUUCUUGAGAAAAAAUUGAGUAACAGCUUAAUGCUUUCAUAUAGUGAUCGUGAUGUUUAUUUGAACACUACUGCUGCACAGCAAAUAUUAUGACUCUUCAUGUGUCCACAGGAGCUCUUGUCUGGGUUUAACGCUAUAAAGUGUAUUCACAUUGUGAAGUUUUAAUUCUCUUUAUUAAAAUUAAUUGUGUAAGAACUGUAUGUGCUCUAUUAGGUAUUAAGUUUGUAUGUGAAUUCUGUAUAGAAAGUGGUUUUUGUUCUUUGGGUUUAUCUUGUUUUAUUUGGAGAUUACAAUAAAUAUCUAAGAGACUAUA